AUGGCUGAUCAAGAGGGCCAGUAUGUCUUUCCUGAGGAUGGACCCGGCGAUGAUGAGCAGUCAAUCAUAUCUACACGCGGCAUCGAAGCAUUUGGCCGCAAAGUCACCACGACGGCCAAUCACUUGAUGGGCCCCAAUCCCGAGGAUGUCACCAACCACUACCAGACGGCCAUGGCCGAGAUGCACAAGCAGAUGAAGCGGCCACACGUUCAGCGGAGCAUGUUCUCCAUGGCCCGCACCACUCCGACCGACAUGGUGCGCUCCAGGCUGUCUACGGCCGAGAUACAGCACCGGGCCAUCGCCCACCUCCCCGACGAACUCCUGAUCAACAUCCCCGAUCACAAGAACAGCUACUCCCUCUUCCAAGGCUUCCAGGCCAGCGUCACCGACGACUCCGUCGACGGCCGGAAGCAACAUCACCACCGGCACGUGUCUAGGGGCCGGAAAAUGAUAGACGACAGCGACGGCGCCCAACAACUAUACGGCAGCGAUCCCAAACGCCUACACCAGUUGAAGAAGGAAAAGGCCUCUAUGAUGCACGAGUUCGAGAUCCUAAAUGUUCGCAAGAACAUGGCCAGCGCCGAGAUUCGCGAAGUGGACGACAAGAUUGCCAACCUCCACGGCAUGAGGAGAAUUGUCCUUGAGAGGUUGGCUGGCUUUGAGCAGGAGGAGGCAUUGCUGGAGCACGACCUGGUCGAUAUCGAGGCCAAGAUUGAAGAGGCUCAAGCUCAGGCCGACGAGGCCGAGCUGAUUGCCCGGAACACGGCUACCAAGGAAGAGGAGGACCUGGUGGGCGACGCCGACGACCACGGAUUCAUGACGCAGUCGGUCUACGACAAGAUCCCCUCGGAGAAGGGCACGCUGUCGCGGAAAUCGAAAAAGGUACAUCGCAGGAAGUCGAUGCCCAUCUUGCACGAGCACUUUGAACCCGGGUCAUCGAUACGCGAGAUCCGAGCGCACCAGGACUCCAUAUCGGCGCUUGAUUUUGAUGCGCCCUUCGGCACCAUGGUGACGGCCGCUCUCGACGACACGGUUCGCGUGUGGGAUCUCAACGCUGGGCGGUGCAUGGGCCACCUCGAGGGCCACACGGCGUCGGUACGUGCCCUGCAGGUGGAGGAUAACAUCCUGGCGACGGGGUCCAUGGACGCCACCAUCAAGCUGUGGGACCUGAGCAAGGCGCGGUACGACCCGCACGGUGACCGGGACGGCGAGGGUGACGACGACGACAUGGCCUGGGAGAACCCGGAUGACCAGCCUAUCGACCCGCCCGAGGGUAGCAUGGACGACUGCGAGCUCUUCACCCUGCAGGCCCACGUGGGUGAGAUCACAGCCCUGCACUUCCGCGGCGACGUGCUCGUCUCCGGAUCGGCCGACAAGACGAUCCGCCACUGGGACCUCGAGAGGGGUCGCUGCGUCCAGACCCUCGACGUCAUGUGGGCGGCCGCCCAAGCGUCGGCCUCGAUUGGAGCCUCAGAGAGCACGUGGAGGCCAACGGGACGCGCCACCUCGAGCACCACCGAUUUCGUCGGCGCCCUCCAGGUCUUCGAGUCAGCCCUAGCCUGCGGAACCGCUGACGGCAUGGUCCGUCUCUGGGAUCUCCGUAGCGGACAGGUGCACCGGAGCCUGGUCGGUCACACGGACGCCGUCACCUGUCUCCAGUUUGACGACAUGCAUCUCGUCACCGGCAGCGCAGACAGGAGUAUCAGGAUAUGGGACCUGCGUACUGGCUCGAUACACGACGCCUACGCCUACGACAACCCGGUCACGAGCAUGAUGUUUGACGCGCGCCGCAUCGUCAGCGCCGCGGGCGAGGACGUAGUCAAGGUCUACGACAAAGUCGAAGGUCGCCAGUGGGACUGCGGCGCGGGGAUCAAGGCCGCCGAAGAGAUGGACAAGACGCCCGCCAUUGUCGAGCGCGUCGGUGUACGUGAGGGUUACCUCGUCGAGGGAAGGCGGGAUGGGAUUGUAGGAGUGUGGACGUGCUGA